CGCGCGGCCGACCGCCGCCGCCGCCAUUUUGGAGCGACCGGAGCGCGGCCCGGGGCCUGAGCCGGUUCUGAGGCGCCGGCAGGCCGCGCCGGAUCUGUGGGCGCAGGGUCUGUGGGCGCCUAGCCCGGCCGGGCCCAUGUGCGCGCGGCCUACCUCGGGCCGCCCGGGCUUCGCCUCCGCCCGGUCCCUGGCCUCCACCCGGGCCUGCGAGGAGCCGCCGCGACGCCCGGCCCGCGGGGCAGGGCCCCCAGGGCAGUAGUCUUCGCUCCCUAAUGUCCGCCCCACCAGCGCCCCUCGAGGCGGCGGCCACCCCGCACCUGCGGCGCCCUCCCAGUCGGAGCCCCCGUCAGCGACCCCCCAGAGACCGUCCUCCUCGUCAGUGAAGAGAUUAUACAUCUACUGAAUGAAAAAUUUUUUCUUAAAGUUGCAUAUACUCCAAGAAAAAAUCCCAAAUGUUUUUAUAUUUUGCCUAAAUAUAAAAUUUAAAGAAGGAGUUUCCAUAGAAGCUCUGUGGCCAGCACCAUGUUCUGGAAGUUUGACUUGAGCGCCAUGUCGCACGUUGACAAGCUGCUGGAUAAGGAGGGCGUGACGCUGCGGGAGCUGAUGGACGGAGAAGACAUCCUGCAGGAGUGCAAGGCCCAGAACCGGAAGCUGCUGGACUUCCUGUGCCGGCGGCAGAGCAUGGAGGAGCUGGUGGGCCUCGUGACUCAGGACCCGGCCCUGGACCUGGAGGAGAGGGCCCGCUUCAAGUACCCGAACACAGCCUGUGAGCUACUGACGUGCGAUGUGCCACAAAUCAGCGAUAGGCUGGGAGGGGAUGAGACUUUGCUGAACGUUCUUUACAACUUCCUGGACCGUGAGCCGCCCCUCAAUCCUCUGCUCGCCAGCUUCUUCAGCAAGACCAUUGGUAAUCUCAUUGCAAGAAAAACUGAACAGGUGAUUGCGUUCCUGAGGAAGAAGGACAAGUUCAUCAGCCUGGUGUUGAAGCACAUCGGCACGUCGGCCCUCAUGGACCUGCUGCUGCGCCUGGUCAGCUGCGUGGAGCCUGCCGGGCUCCGGCAGGAAGUCCUGCACUGGCUUAAUGAAGAGAAGACCAUUCAGAGACUCGUGGAGCUGAUCCAUCCGAGUCAGGAUGAAGACAGGCAGUCCAACGCUUCCCAGACGCUCUGUGACAUCAUCCGGCUGGGCAGGGAGCAGGGCAGCCAGCUGCUGGAGGCUCCGCAGCCAGACCCCCUCCUCACGGUGCUGGAGUCGCAGGAGUGCGUGGAGCAGCUGCUGAGGAACAUGUUUGAUGGAGUGCAGACCGAGCUCUGCCUCGUCAGCGGGACGCAGGUGUUACUUACCCUGCUGGAGCCCAGGCGGGCGGGGUCAGAGGGCUUGCUGGACUCCUGCUCUCAGGGACUGGACAGGCCGUGCUCCGUCAGCCCCGGUGUCCUGUGCGGCAUCGAGCCGCGGCUGAAGGACUUCCACCAGCUUCUGCUCAGCCCACCCAAGAAAGCAGCCAUCCUGACCACCGUCGGCGUGCUGGAGGAGCCCCUGGGCAACGCGCGCCUGCACAGCGCCCGCCUCAUGGCCGCUCUGUUGCACACGGGCACACCCAGCAUCAACCAGGAGCUCUGCCGGCUGGACACCAUGGGGCUGCUGCUGGACCUGUUUUUUAAGUACACUUGGAAUAACUUCCUGCACCUCCAAGUGGAGCUCUGCAUAGCCGCCAUCCUGUCCCACGCUGCCCGGGAGGACAGGGCCGCAGCCAGUGGACCCGAGGAGGCGCUGGAGCCUCCACCCUCCAGCGGGGACCCAGCAGCCCCCCAGCCUGCCAGCAGCCUCCCCGAGAACACCAUGGUGACCCACCUGUUCCAGAAGUGUUGCCUGGUCCAGAGGAUCCUGGAGGCCUGGGAAGCCAAUGACCACACUCAGGCAGCGGGCGGCAUGAGGCGUGGGAACAUGGGCCACCUCACCCGGAUCGCCAACGCGGUGGUGCAGAACCUGGAGGGGGGCCCCCUGCAGAGCCAGGUCAGCGAGGUCUUCCGAGGGCUCCCGGCGGACUGCCGCGGGCGCUGGGAGAGCUUCGUGGAGGAGACGCUGUCGGAGGCCAACCGCAGGAACGCGGUGGACCUGGUGAGCACACACCACCUUCACCCCUCGAGUGAGGACGAGGACGCGGAGGGCGUCCUCCCCAGCGAGCUGUCCCUGCAACAGGCGUUCUCUGAGUACCAGGUCCAGCAGAUGACGGCCACCUUCGUGGACCAGUUUGGCUUCAGCGAUGAGGAAUUUGCUGAGCAGGACGACAGUGUCAACGCCCCAUUUGACAGGAUUGCGGAGAUCAGCUUCAGCGUCGACGCUGAUGACGACAGCCCCGGCGCUGCGCUGUUCGAGGCUUGCUGCAGCGACCACAUCCAGCCCUUCGACGAGGAUGACGAUCUCUGGGAGGCCGAGGAGACGCACCGUGCGGCCCGCGUGACCAGAGCCAGGUUCGGGGGCCCCCACGCUUCAGAGCGCUGCCCAAAGGACGGCCCAGAGCGCCGAGGCCAGGGUGCAGGCGAGGGCGUGGACGCAGUUCAGGCAGGCUCGCCAUGCGAGGGCGGCUCAGAAGCAGGCUCCUCAUGGGCUGUGUUUGAUGGGCCAGUGACUCCCAGGGCCACCAGCCCUGCCCCAGCAGUGGCGCUGGACGUGGGUUCCAGUGUGUGGGCAGCCGGCUCCCCCAGCACCUCUGCUCCAGAGGAGAAAGGCUGGGCCAAGUUUGCCGACUUCCAGCCUUUCUGUUGCUCUGAGUCGGGGCCGAGGUGCAGCUCCCCGGUGGACACUGGCCACGGCGACACCCAGGCUGGCCUGAACCAGGGCCUAGAGAGAACCCUUGGUGCCUGGAGCACGUGUGUCCCCAGGAAGGCCCCCCUGGUGGUCGCCAGCAGCCACGAGGAUGAGCAGAAGGCGGCUGCUGCCUCGGAGGCUGUUGGUGUGGGUCCCAGCCAGAAGGCCUCCCCGCUGUCCAUGUCGGGCCCCAGAGGCCAGCUCUGGACAGGAAGGACACCCCUUCUAAGGGGAAGCCACGGGUGGUCACUGAGGGCUGACUGUGCCCCUAGCUCACCGCCCAGCCCGGCGCCCGCUGCCCCUGCCGAGGCCGCCGUGACGGGCCCUGCGCCCCGGGCCCUGUCCCCAGUGCUGGCCGUGGCCGUCGCCCCGGGGCCCAUGGUGGCGGUCACCACUGCGGCCCCCGCCAGCCCAGCGGUUUCCAUGGCGGCCGCCCUGGGGACAGUGACGAGAGACAGACAGGCUGGUGGGCCGCCGCCCUCAGGAGCCGCCCUCAAUGGCCCCGUGUGACGCUGCUGCUGUGCAGUCUUGGCACCCAGCCCAGAAAAGCACCUGGUGAUGCAAUCUGUCUUUUUAAUUUAAUUUAAUUUAAUUUUAAAAUAAAUGCUGCAUUGGUAAAGCUGGCAGUUGGAACCAGCCGGACA